GGAAAACAAGUGCCAAUAAAAUUAAAAUAUGAUGAGGAUAUGGAACGCGAUAAGCCACAGAAUGAUUCCACAGGCACAACAAAGGAAGAUCUACUAACGCGAUAACAAUCAUGUCUCAAGAGCGAAGGGAGCGUAUGUUAAAUAUGGACGAACUAAACACCGGCGAUCUUAAACGAAUAAUUGCCGUUCAGUCCAAAGAAAUUGAGAGGAAAAAUGAACAACUAAAAGGACUACAAAACCUGGCAAAAAUCUGCAGCGAGUCGGAAGAGAAACGGCAGAGUUGGAAGACCAGGGCAGAGAAAUAUGAGUCUGCUCUCAGACGCGCCGAAGCGAGAAUCGCAGUUUUGAACAAGAAACUUGGCAUGCUUGGUCCUCAAACAGCUUUUGAUAUCAAAAUUUCGAGACACGCUUUCGAUGCGAUUACUAGAGAAAAUAUUGAGUUAAAAGAAGCCUUGGAGCAUAUCGUACCCACAGAACUCGGCGGUAAAGACGUAGUUUUGAGAAAUCAGGAACUCUAUGAAUUGGUUACAAAAUAUCAAUAUGAUAUCUUGCAAUAUGGCAACCACAUCAAAGAGUUGGAGGAAGCAUUGGCUAGCAGUGAAAUUGAGCUGGCAGCCAAGGUUAGUGAUCUGGCAAAGAAAAACAUGAAACUGGAGAGAUCCAUGAACGCGAAACAGGUUUUCUCUGAAAAGUUGCUGAAGGAAAACAAGGUUGUGGUCAAUCAUUAUGAAGAAAUAAUUGAUGAACUAGAAAGAAAUAAGUCGGAGUUAUCGAGACAAAAUGAGGCAGAAAAUGAAAGGAAAUCUGUGGAGAUUCAAAUGUUGAUGAAUCAGCUGGAGAUAACAGAUGAAAGCAAGAAAAAGCUCAAAUUUGACUUAAAUGAGACCGUAAAAAAAUGUUCAGAUUUUGAAAAGAAGCUUAACGAUCAAGUUCAAACUUUGGAGGAAAAGGAACUAAAAUGGGUAGUGGAACGUUCGGAAUUAACGUAUGGAAUUGUGAAUUUGCGCUCACAAGUCGAUGAGAAGAACGCCAUAAUAGACAUGAAAGACGGGGAAUAUCGUGGCCAGGUCGCAAGCAAGCAGCGUUUACAAGAAACGCUGGCCAACACUAGACAAGCGCUGGCCUACACUUUCCAAGCGCUGGUCGACAGUGAAGACAAGGUCGUAGCGUUAACUUUUCUGUGGGAAAAUGCAUCGGAAGAUGCCCGAAGAUAUAAAAAUCAGCAGAGAGCUAAUGCAAACUACGAAUCGCCUGAGCUUGAUUAAGCAAACGUAAGACGUGGUGAUAUUAGAUAAGAUUGAAGAUUGUAGCAAUCGUCUUGCAACUUGUUUUGAAGAUUCGUCCGUACUUGUUCUCUCUCUCAACACCUUGUGAAGAUGACGUAUGCCGAGGCAUGACAAAGGAACAGGGCAACUCAUGGCUUAACCAUAUUUCUACGGUAACGACUUCAUUAAAAAAGGACAAAUGGUGAUGUUCUUUCACAUAAUAACGCAUACUGGAAAACCGACAUUUACAUGUAAUCACUAAGUAUAUUUUUGGUAUAAAAUGCAGCAUUCCUUAAGUUCAUUUUGCUAAAUUUUGAAUAGAAACUUAGUUCUAUAAAGUAGUGCAUGUAAUUUAUCUUCUUUAGUUUUUAUAAAAUAAAACUAUCGAAUACAUUAUUCCUUAAAAAGUACAUUGUUCUUUAUUUUAACAAGUUCAAUGGAUCAUGAAAAACGAACUCCAAUUCUAAAUUUAGCCAAGAGAUUAAGAGAAAACGAGGUCUGGAGAUUUUCUAAGUUAUUGUGGAAAAUUUUGAAUAUCUAUGAGUCAGGUGAUGAGUAAUUUUCCAUAUAUUGGCCGAGAUCUCUUUAGCAUCACAUGAUGUAUUUGUUAAACAUGGAUGAAGGUUAUAUUGAAAGCCUAUUUCAACUUAUCGUUUGGUUUAGUAGUCGGGAAACAAGCAAACGCAUGUCUUCAACAUGCUAUUGUU